CGAUGGUGGAGGCACUCAGGUAGCAAAUAUGGCGGCGUGCACGGGAGCUCGGUUCUUGCCAGGUUUCCUGAUCCACAGAAGUGCUCUACCACGAUCCUUUGUUCGCACAUGCUACUCAGCAACUCGAGGGAGUCUCUUGAUCAAUGAAGGGACGAAAGUGAUUUGUCAAGGCUUCACUGGCAAGCAGGGUACAUUCCACAGUUUGCAGGCAAUUGAGUAUGGAACACAUAUGGUUGGUGGAGUCUCUCCUGGUAAAGGAGGCAAGCAACACCUGGGUCUACCAGUAUUCAACUCUGUUCGUGAGGCAAAGGAAGCCCUACAUCCAACUGCCUCUGUGAUAUAUGUACCCCCUCCUGCUGCUGCUGCUGCCAUCAUUGAGGCUAUUGAUGUAGAAAUUCCUUUGAUUGUCUGUAUCACUGAGGGAAUCCCACAGCAGUGCAAGAUUGGGAUAAUGCCAGGACAUAUCCAUAAAGAAGGAUGCAUAGGUAUUGUAUCCAGAUCUGGUACCCUUACAUAUGAAGCUGUUCAUCAGACUACACUGGUAGGAUUGGGGCAGACAUUGUGCGUUGGGAUUGGAGGUGAUCCCUUCCAUGGCACAAAUUUCAUUGAUUGUUUAGAAGUAUUCCUGAAAGAUCCUCUGACAAAAGGCAUUGUCCUCAUUGGAGAAAUUGGUGGUGGAGCCGAAGAACGUGCAGCAGAAUACUUGGCUAAACAUAAUGCUGGGUCACAUGCCAAGCCAGUUGUUGCAUUCAUUGCUGGCCUAACUGCCCCUCCUGGCAGGAGGAUGGGCCAUGCAGGUGCUAUCAUCUCUGCUGGAAAAGGAAGUGCUCAAGACAAGAUCGACUCACUCGAACAGGUCGGUGUGAUCGUGACGAGGAGUCCAGCACAGAUGGGUUCCACGAUUCUUGCAGAGAUGAAAAAGAAAGGAUUGGCGUAGUAUUUGUUUCUUAAAAGAGGUAAAUUUUCCCCAUCAGUCAUCGGCGCGACUGCUGUGUUUCCGAUAAGCUCCAAGGUGCGACGUGUGCCGUGAUGCUUCUUGUGCUAUUCGACGUGGGAACUUCCAUCGAGGCAUCAAGGUUUCUCUUGAGAACCCCAUGACCCUUGGAUAUCGUCCAGUUAUGUGCCUGUGUUGCCCCUUCUGCAUGUUACUUGCCUCAUAAUGAAGAAAAUUCCCCAUGGAAAGUAUUUCCUUCUUGGCCGUUCGCCAUAGCUAGAAUACCCUUUCGUCGGAGCAAAAAAAAAGUUGAGUGACAGCGAAACGCAUUCCCGUCGAUCGGAGCCCGCAUAUUCCCCAAAAUUUUCUCCCAUUUUCUCCAAAACUUCUCUGCCGAAGAGGCGAACGAAUAGCGCUCACUUGGUCUGUCAAGUAAUAAAAAAAUGUAUAUGGU